GAACGAGCGCUUUGAGGGGUUAGUUAUUGGUGCUUUCGACUGACGAAAUGAAGUCCCUGCUCGUUUUGUUGGUUUUGGUCUUGUGGUCUGUUGUCAGUGGCCAGACAAUUGUCGAAAAGGAGGAUCAUGAAAAGGAUUAUUACCAUAGAGCUAAUGGGUUGUCGAAGCAAGGUUUGAAGAAGAAUGUCCCUGAAGAGGAAACGACAUCCGAGUAUUGGACAAGUACGGCACAGUCAACGUUGGAGAAGAAGCUGGAGGAAGCUACUGAGAGCCCGAAGAAAGCGAAAAAUGUGAUCUUCUUCAUCGGCGAUGGUUUGUCGCCUCAGACGAUUUCAGCUACCCGAAUGUACUUGGGUAAUGAGAAUGAAGAGCUUUCGUUCGAGAAGUUUCCUCAUCUGGGUCAAGCUAAGACGUAUUGCGUGAAUCGGCAAGUUCCGGAUUCGGCCUGUACCGGGACGGCUUACCUUUCGGGAGUGAAGAUCAACUACGGAAUGUUGAAUGUGGCGGCGUCGAUUGCUCGAAGUACCUGUGAGUACGAAAAGUCGGAAGAGACGGAGAUAUUCGGGAUCAUGAAGUGGGCCCAGGAUGCAGGGAAAGCUACCGGAGUUGUGACGAAUACUAGGAUUACUCACGCUUCACCGGCCGCAGCCUACGCUCAAAGUGCGACUCGAUCAUGGGAGAGUGAUGCCGAUGUCGUGGCCAGUCGUUGUGAUCCGGAGAAGACGAUCGAUAUCGCUCGGCAGAUGGUGGAGAAUGAGGUGCCGGGAAAGUUCAAGGUCAUACUCGGUGGUGGAAGGCGAGAGUUUUUGCCCAGCGGUUUUAGCGAUGAGGAAAAUUAUGCCGGAAGACGAUUGGAUGGACGAAAUCUCAUCGAAGAAUGGGUGAAGAACCAUGAAGUAUUGGGAGAAACAAGGUACGUGUGGAAUAAGACCGAAUUGAUGGAUGUUGAUACGUCGAAGACGGACUACCUAAUGGGAUUGUUCGAAGGAAGCCACAUGAGAUACAAUGUCCAGGUUCAACAAGGUAAUGAACAUGACAAGGAACCAAGUUUGGAGGAAAUGACCCAAGUAGCCAUUGAAAUGAUGCAAAAACAUGAAGAAGGCUAUGUUCUGUUUAUCGAAGGAGGCCAGAUCGAUUUGGCUCAUCAUAGCACGUACGCUAGGAUUUCGUUGGACGAAACAGCAGAGUAUUCCAAGGCAAUUGCAAAGGCUAGAUCGAUGACUAGUGAAGAAGAUACACUGAUUGUAGUGAGCGCAGAUCACAGUCACACCAUGAUGUACAAUGGAUACACGAAACGGGGUCAGGACGUCCUAGGGAUUGCGGACAUCAGCAACCGUGACUAUCUACCGUUUGCCACGCUGAGCUACGCCAACGGCCGCGGCUACGAAGACACCUACACGCCGGAGAAUCGUGCCAUCCGGCAGGACAUUUCCGAUUUCAACUUUAACAGCAUCAGCCGGCGGUAUCCGGCCACUGCUCCGUUGGAUUCGGAAACCCACGGAGCCGAAGAUGUGAACGUGUACGCUUCCGGACCGUUUUCGCACAUAUUUGUGGGGAACUACGAACAGAAUACGAUUCCUCAUUUGAUGGCUUAUGCUGCCGGAAUUGGAGCUUAUUUUGAGGAAGAAGAAACUACGACUACUCCUGGACCGGGGACUAGCACAACCAUGGGUGUUUCAACAACGACGGAAGACGAUGGAGCUCAUGCUGUUAUGAUUUCUAUCCCGUUGCUUUUACUAGCAAUUCUUGUAGGAUUACUUAAUUGAAAAACUUCCCACAACAAGAACAACCUACUAUGUGAUAUUAAACGCUUAGAAAAAAUAAUU